GGAGUGCAGUCAGUAAAGCAGCAUGUGCUGAACGAGAGGCGGAGACACACACACACACACCCAAACACACACACACACACACACACACACACACACGGGGAACUCUCUCGAUGCUACGAGAAAAAGUAACUCCGUGCCUGCCACCAACUGACAGUUCACACCAACUGACAGUUCACACCAGCAACCUGAUGCGCAUCACUGUUGGACACAUCGAGGGUUGGACUCCAUCUCUCCACAGCAGCAGCAGCAGCGCGCGCGUCUCACCAGAAUAGUCCAUCCUCGUUGCGCGCUCGUUAUGGAUCAGGACCAUCAGGACCAUCAGGACCAUCAGGACGCAGCGCGCCUCUCUCCCGCGGACAGGCUGCACUCCGAGGAGCAGGACUAACCAGGUGCACAGAUGAACCGCCGCCCUCCUGGCUCCUCCGGCGUGCAAUGGCUUAACAGGAGAGACAUGAGUGUCCGGACGGAGGACAGCAUCACCUUGUGCCAAAGGGCUCUCCAGAUCAUCACGGAGCUUUGUCUCACGGGACACGUGGACAGGGAGAAAUGUGCGGAUAUAUUUCCACUGGAUAACUCCAUACAAGGUAAAGGACACGCAGACAUCUCUAUUAGUCUCCUAGCUGUGGUCGUGGGUUUCUGUGGCCUCGCCCUGUUGGUAGUCUCUCUCUUUGUCUUUUGGAAGCUGUGCUGGCCACUUUGGAGGAGCAAGACUCUGACAGCCCACGCUGAAAAUGGCCUCCGAGUGGGUUUCCCCGAGGCCCCGCAGCCAAACUCGUCUCUGGCUAACGAGUGUAAAGCAGCGGAGGCGGAGAAGAAGUACCCUCUGGAGGUGAAGAUGAACGGGCGGAGCACUGUGAAGCUCCUGGAGGCGGCCAUGAAGAUCAGCCAGACGUCUCCAGACAUCCCUGCGGAGGUCCAAACGGCCCUGAGGGAGAAGCUCAGCCAGCAGGCGAAGAUCCAGAGGCAGACCACUGAGCCAACCUCCUCCUCAAGGCACAACUCAUUCCGGCGCCACCUGCCCCGUCAGAUGAAUGUUACCAGCUUUGACUUCAGCAUGGACAAAGUGCCUCUCCGCCAGUCCUCCACCGUGAGCAUCGGAAGAAUAAAACCAGAACUCUACAAGCAGAGGUCUGUGGACUCAGAGGGCGAGGUCAGAGAACCCGUAGAGACUUGUGGAAAGCUCAGCUUCUCGCUGCGGUACGACUACGAGGAGCAGUCGCUGGUGGUGAGAAUCCUCAAGGCCUUGGACCUACCUGCCAAAGACUUCACGGGCACCUCCGACCCGUACGUGAAGAUCUACCUGCUGCCAGAGAGGAAGAAGAAGUUCCAGACACGAGUCCACCGUAAGAACCUGAACCCCGUGUUCGACGAGGCUUUCUGUUUCCCCGUGGCGUACGAUGAGGUGUGCAACAGGAAGCUGCACUUCAGCGUGUACGACUUCGACCGCUUCACCAGCCACGAUAUGAUUGGCGAGGUGGUGGUGGACAACCUCUUUGAACUCUCAGAUCUUUCCAGGGAGGCGGUGGUGUGGAAGGACAUUCAUGCUGCAACCACGGAGAGUGUUGACCUGGGUGAGAUCAUGUACUCGUUGUGCUACCUCCCCACAGCCGGGAGAAUGACCCUAACAGUCAUCAAAUGCAGAAACCUCAAAGCCAUGGACAUCACAGGAGCUUCAGAUCCGUACGUGAAGGUCUACCUGAUAUGUGAUGGACGGAGGUUAAAGAAGCGGAAAACAACCACCAAGAAAAGCACGCUGAACCCCGUGUACAACGAGGCCAUCAUCUUCGACAUUCCCCCGGAGAACGUGGAGCAAGUCAGUCUGUCCAUCAUGGUGAUGGAUUACGAUCGGGUCGGACACAAUGAGGUGAUUGGUGUGUGUCGCACCGGCCCAGAUGCAGAGGGUCUUGGACGAGAUCACUGGAAUGAAAUGUUGGCUUAUCCACGGAAACCCAUCACGCACUGGCACGCUCUGGGAGAGGAAAAUACAGGUGAUUACCCAUUUUCAGAGUGGCCGGGAAGAGCAGCAAGCUUUGAGAGUCAAGGUUCGUGUCCUUCGCCAAAACCUCCUCAGACGCCGUAAUGACCCCGGGUCGAGACAACGCCACCUCUGUAAGAAACAAGACGUCUGUUCAGAGUUUCUACGAAGCUGUGUCGCCUCAGAGUCUCCUUGUUAGCAUGUUGAACUUCAUUUCUUAUGUUGAUAUGUUUA